CGUGCAUUUACGUCACCCGGAAGUAGGAGUAAUCGAUGGUGAUUGUUUCGACCAGAAAACUUCAUUCAGGGGAAGGCCUGGUGUUACUUGGCAACGGAGCAAGUAGUAAACUGGAGGGCCAACGUUACAACAUUAAGAUGAGGCAGUUUGUAAGAAGUUAUCAUGCCUCACAACUGCGCUGUGAAGACAUGCGCGAAUAAAGCGAAGACUGGCGCAGCUCUGUCGUUUCACCGCCUACCAGUACGGGAACCCGAGCGGCUGAAACUAUGGCUGUUUGCCUUGAACAUCGAUGUAGAUACUCCUCCGGACGAGCUGAAGAAGUACAUCGUCUGCUCAGAGCAUUUUGUUCCGGAGGACUACACAGUUAACAGGCAGCCGAGCACCGAUAAGACGCACCGUUACCUGACGUCGACGGCUGUGCCGACCGUUGGCGUCGCCUCCUGCGCGUUACAAACAAGCGUGGCACAGGUGUCAGAAGACUGCAGGAUCAAGAAUGUUGAUUUGGAUUCCUCUGAAGACACCCAGUCUGUCUCUGAGGAGGUCCUCCCUUCAUUGCAGCAAUGUGACUUUAAGGUGGAACAGAGUCCUGUUGAGGAGGAGAUCCAAGAGCACCAGCAGUCCAAGGAGGAUCAGGUGGAUCAGUGCAUCAGUCCAGACGUGGAGGCUGAUACUUCAGUCAGACCCAAAUCAGAACCAAACAGUGACUGUGAGCUUCUCCCACCUUCCACUGCUGUAACUGUGAAUGUAAAUGCAAACAUAAAGGACAAAUGGAAUGAAAAUGGCGGCUCGUCAUCGCCUUGUCACAGUCAUAGCGUUGAAGUGUAUGUGGAUCUGGAACAACCUCCGAGGGAAGAAAAAUCUUGCCGUUUUUGCGGUCGAAGUUUUAAAAGGGACUCUUAUCUUAUAAGACAUGUAGACAGAAGUCAUAAAGGGCACAAAGCAUUUAAAUGCCUGGAGUGCAAUAAGGAGUUUGAACAAAGGUACCAGCUAGUUAUACAUACAAGAAUUCACACAGGUGAAAAGCCCUUCAGUUGUGACUUCUGUGGGAAAACAUUCACGCAGAACUCUAGUCGUCUUGCUCAUAUGAGGUUGCAUACUGGGGAAAAACCAUAUUUUUGUGCUAAAUGUGGGAAAAGUUUUGCCACAAGCAAUCAUUUCAAAUUUUGCAAAGUCCAAAACGAGUGUAAGAUCACAUCAGAGAAAGGGAACGCAGAUGAGAAUCACAAAGACGAGAAGGCCUUUAAAUGCUUUGAAUGCAACAGGGAGUUUAAUCAAAAGCACCAGCUCGUUCUGCACGCGAGAGUUCACACGGGCGAAAAACCUUUCAGCUGUGAUUUCUGUGGAAAAACAUUCGCUCAGAACUCUAAUCGUGUUGUUCACAUGAGGCAGCACACGGGAGAGAAACCGUAUUAUUGUGAGAAAUGUGGCAAGAGGUUUGCCAGUAGCCAUCACCUUAAGUGUUGCACAGGAGCUCAAAACAAAGGCACAAACAAGUCAUUUCGCUGCACAGCAUGUGGCAGGACAUUCCAUACAGAUUCAGACCUGAAGGUGCACAUGGACGUUCACGAGUCCUGGAAGCGACACAUCAGCGAGAAACUGCAAGGACAGGACUUAGAAGAGAAAAAACUUAAAAUGGUGUGAGAGCGUUUCUCAAUGUGUGUGAAGUUUUGGGGCCAAGGCAGUUCAUCAGUAUGUUCGAGGAGGCAUCACAUUACAUUCUAUGUGUGAAUAUCUAAACUGGAUUCUACGCUUCGAGGUUGCGCUUGUUGUAUUGCCCUCAAGCAUAAUAGACAAUUGUUGAUUCUUCUGUCUCUGCAGUUUUUCCUCUAGGCUGCUUCUGUUUCUGCCCUUUGCCCUAAGGGGGUUUCCUUGUCUUUACAGAGCUUGGGAAGGUCCAUUAAAACAUUAUAUGUGUUAUUAUUUUUAAGCAAAUGACCGUAUCUUCACAUGUCAGUGCAAGUAAUAAACUUGGAAAGAAACCAAGCUCUAUUUUCAUUGUGAUCAUUCUGUGUCUAAAACCUGUUCUGAGAUUUUACAGUUUAACAUUUUGUUAAUAAAACACCAACAGAAUAUUGUAAAGAAGGAAAAUAAAAGGCACAUGGUGUUUUUCUGUUCUUA